CAAGAGUGAGAGCAAUCAGUGUGUGUGAGAGAGAGCACUUUGAAGGGGGGGGCGGUAGGCCAGACCUCCCCACCUGCUUUUGCCAUAAAUGAGGAAGUACUCCAGUAUAUCAUAAACCUAACUUUAAACCCACUAAACCACAAAUAUCAUAACACACUCAUAAAAACCUCAUGAUCUCCAGUCACCCAUCUCAAGAAAAAAGUAGAGCAUUAAGUUCUUCCCUUUCUUCUCCAGCCAGUUUCUGGGUUUGUUUCCUUUUACAGUUCUUGAGGUUUUGAGCUUCCAGGGGUUAGCUGAAGUAGCUGUGUUGUGAUGAUGGAACACAGAGACACUGACUCCUCAAAUCAGGCCCAAGAGCAUGGUGGGAGUGCAAGCCAAAGUGAACAAGUUGUCAUUCCAAUUCAGAAGGUAGAAGAGUCCUCUUCUAUAUCUGAAGAACCACCACAUGCCAAGCAAUGGAGGAAACCAAACCUCUUCCUAGAGAUUCCCUCGAGAGCAUUAGAGGUCUCUCCGAAGGAAUACAUUCAAAUUAAAAUGCCUCCAACGCCAACUCCCACUCCCAAGAGAGUAAAUUUCCUCCUGACACCAAGCCCUUCCGAUGCAAGAGUAAGUGGGUCUCCAGGUCCCUCAACCAGAGGUAAAUCUUCCUUGAAAAGUCUCCUACCGAAACUGAGCUUCAAGUCCAGAACUUCUCAGUCGGAUGCUGAGAGGGCUGCCAACCUCGCUGUAGAAGCUUUAUCUCCAGUGCCACAAGACAAGCCUUCUAUCUCAAGGUCAUGGUCACUUACCAAAAUAUUUACUCCGCGGAUGAAGAGAACAUCGUCGCUACCUGUUACACCGAUUGGGCACUCCAACCCAGAAUCUAUUUGCGGAGAAAACCUUAGCAGUUCAGCUACUUUAAAGACAAAAGGAGCGCUUCGCCCAAUAUCUCGCUCACUUUCAGUCCCUGACCUCAACGCCAUCAAAGACAGAAGAAUGAGGAGAACAGAUUCAUUUUUCCGCGUAAUUCCCUCAACUCCUCGAGUGAAGGAAGGGGAUACAGUCUCGUCAACUACAACUCCAGCAGGAGAUGCUGAAAACAGUGAAGCUUCUGGUGAGGAUAUACCUGAAGAAGAGGCUGUUUGUAGAAUUUGUUUGGUUGAGUUGUGUGAGGGUGGCGAAACACUUAAGAUGGAAUGCAGCUGUAAAGGGGAUCUUGCUUUGGCUCAUCAAGAGUGUGCUGUAAAAUGGUUUAGCAUCAAAGGUAACAAGACCUGUGAUGUUUGCAAGCAAGAGGUUCGAAAUUUACCUGUCACGCUUUUAAGGAUCCAAAGUGUUCGAAAUCGGAAUACUGGAGCAAAUAGAGCCUCGCAUAUCGAAAUAAACGGAUACAGGGUUUGGCAGGAAGUUCCUAUUCUUGUCAUUGUCAGCAUGCUUGCCUACUUUUGUUUUCUCGAGCAGCUUCUGGUCGGAAGAAUGGGUACUGGUGCAGUGACCAUAUCUCUUCCAUUUUCUUGUGUAUUGGGUCUCCUUGCAUCCAUGACCUCUUCAACCAUGGUGAAGAGAAGAUUUGUCUGGGUUUAUGCAUCAGUCCAAUUUGCACUCGUGGUUCUUUUUGCCCAUAUUUUCUACACCUUGAUUCAUGUGCAAUCAGUCCUGUCGAUUCUCCUAUCAACCUUCGCGGGGUUCGGCAUUGCAAUGAGUGGGAGUUCUAUUCUCGUCGAAGUUUUCAGAUGGAGAAGGCAUUGGCGUGCCCAGGCAGAUCAGCAGGACGGGUCCCUACUCGUGACCCUCCCAAAUCGAUGGCCUCAAAGCACAACCACAUCCCAGUUGGCUUCUCCUCAUCCCCGCAUAACUGAAAAUCCAGAAACUUUUAGUGGGAGCUGAAUUAGCACUCUUGACAGUGGCUGAUAACUUCAUGAUUCCGAAAGAAAGAAGGGUUUUUUUCGUGUCAUGUCGGAAAGUAUUUGAGUCCCUGUCCAGCACGGGGAUCUGAAUACCUUCAUGGGUGGUAAAGAAAGAAGCGAGAAGUGAGAAAAUUGUAAUUUACCUUUCACAUUUACAGAAACUUCUUGUGAAGAGGCUUUAGAAGUGGAAAUAGGAUGGAUUUUGAGGUCUUUUGUAUUACACGUAUAAAGGAACGACAGUGAAACCCCUUUUAA